UGCUGCACUGACAUUUAGCAUGGUAACAUUUAUUGGAUAUCAACCACCGUUAAACCUUAUCGAAGAAGAACAUUUAGCAUGAAUGGAAACUUGAUGCGAGUGGUUUGGUGAAUGCUAGUCAAUUUAAACUGUGGAUAUAAACAUUACUAAGUUAUUUAAAUAUAAAACAUAUUAUCUUCUGAAUAAAGACUGGAAGGCGUGUGAAUAACGGGCGGCAGUCCAACUAGCAACACAUGCUAGCGAGCUAGCUUGCUAACUUCAAAUAGAGACCAAGGCCAGAAUAAAGAUGGAAACAAUACUUGACCUUCCAAUCGAAAAUAAGAUAUUUUAUGCUGUUCUGUUGUUCUCUUGGACGGUGUAUCUAUGGGAGGCCUACCUUGCCUACAGACAGCGGAGGAUAUACAGGUUGACCAUGCACGUACCACAAGAGUUGGGAAAGAUCAUGGACACAGAAACCUUUGAGAAGUCACGUCUUUAUCAGCUGGACAAGAGCAACUUCAGUUUCUGGUCUGGACUGUAUUCAGAAACUGAGGGGACGCUGAUCCUGCUAUUUGGCGGAAUCCCUUUCCUUUGGGAAGUUGCAGGGACAGUGAUUGCUAGUUUUGGAUUGGGUCCAGAGUAUGAGAUCUUUCAGUCUCUUUCAUUUCUGAUGCUAGCAACCCUGUUCAGUGCAUUCACUGGCCUUCCCUGGAGUAUCUACAACACCUUUGUCAUUGAGGAGAAGCACGGCUUCAACCAGCAGACACUGGGGUUCUUCCUGAAGGAUGCUGUAAAGAAGUUUAUUGUGACCCAGUGUAUCUUGUUGCCAGUGACCUCACUGCUCCUCUACAUCAUCAAGAUUGGUGGAGACUUCUUCUUCAUCUACGCCUGGCUCUUCACACUGGGGGUCUCGCUUGUUCUGGUGACCAUCUAUGCGGACUACAUUGCGCCCCUAUUUGACAAAUUCACCCCUUUGCCAGAGGGUGAGCUGAAGGAAGAGAUUGAAAGCAUGUCGAAGUCUAUCAGUUUCCCUCUCACUAAGGUCUAUGUUGUAGAAGGUUCCAAGCGUUCCUCUCACAGUAACGCUUACUUCUAUGGGUUCUUCAAGAACAAGCGCAUAGUAUUGUUCGACACCCUGCUGGAGGACUACUCCCCCCUCAACAAGGACGGAGAGCCAGAGACUGACACACCAACCGAGGACAAAUCCAAGCUCAAGAACAAGAAGCAAGGCUGCAACAAUCCAGAGGUCUUGGCGGUGUUGGGCCACGAGCUGGGCCAUUGGAAGUUGGGCCACACCGUGAAAAACAUUGUCAUCAGUCAGAUUAACUCCUUCCUGUGCUUCUUCCUCUUUGCUGUACUAAUUGGACGGAAGGAGCUGUUCAUGGCCUUUGGUUUCUAUAACAUCCAGCCCACUUUGAUUGGGUUGAUGAUCAUAUUCCAGUUCAUCUUCUCCCCAUACAAUGAGGUCCUGUCCUUCUGUCUGACUGUCCUGAGCCGCAGGUUUGAGUUCCAGGCGGACUCCUUUGCGCGGGGCAUGGGUCGAGCCUCAGAGCUCUACUCCGCCCUCAUCAAGCUCAACAAAGACAACCUGGGCUUCCCCGUGGCCGACUGGCUCUUCUCCAUGUGGCACUACUCCCACCCUCCCCUUCUGGAGCGCCUACGGGCCCUGGGAGGUACCAAGCAGGACUGACGGGCCCCAAAAGGAGAGCCACGCCUGCUGUCUCUCCUCAAGGGGCUCCGCAGGCAUCUUCUGGCACUUAAAUGUAGUCUCCCCUAUUUUUCUCUUUGUUUGCCUAUUUUUGUUCUUUAUCCUCGCCAUUAGGUUCCUUUUUUCCCAGUUUCAAACUUGCACAAUACCAAAGGUUUUAAGAAAUCUAGUGUGAGACAAGAAGAUCUCUCGGCUAUGCUUAUUCUAGGUGUAAUGGAGUUAAGAAUGUACCAUAAGCUCAUGCCACAGCUAGCUUGAAAUGUCGCCGAUGGAGUUAUCGAAUUAUAUAUUUUCCCGAUAGCUCAAACGGUUGGUACGUUGUCAAGGAGGGCGGUCACGUGUGCUAGCCAGGUAUAGGUCCUGAGUUCGAGCUCAGUGCGAGCCGAAUCACGAGGAACCGGUACUUACUAAGCAAGCAGCGUGGCGUCCUUAACAUAGGCAAACAUGAACAUACAAAUGUCUUACACGAGACCAUUGUGGGCGUAAAUAAUUGCCCCAACAUUUUAGUUUAAGCACUUGCCACUAGUACAGGUCACAUUUAUCAAGGAUUUCUCAUUAUAUUUCAGCAAGGUUUAAAAAUGUUUUACUCAAAGUUUUAUUUGAAUUUUAUUUACUCCCCUGAAAAUUUGUCCUUCCAAAUGUUUUCUCAUAAACCUCAAAAUGUACUGUAGUGUAACUAUGGGGGGGUUUGAGAAAGGAAAUGUGCUCCCCUAUUAUCAAGAGUGUCAACAGGAUGUACAGUGAAUGGGCCAUCAAUUUAUUAUUAGUAUAUCCUUUUGCCUAGGCUGGUCGAUUGGCUCUAUCUACAACUGUUUAUUAUGAGAGGUGAACGCUAGAACUUUAAAAGAUAAACACCUUUUCAUAUUUAGUCAAGACUAUGCUUGAGAUGGAUCAUUGUUGAAGUUAUACAGGUAACUACCAAAGUAAUGGAAACGCUUGAGUAAAUGAGGGAUACAAAGUAUAUUGAAAGCAGGUGCUUCCACACAGGUGUGGUUCCUGAGUGAAUUAAGC